UGGUCGUAGCUUUUCGUGCGCUGCCUCAACCACGUUCAACAAUGAACAACACCGUCAAAGAGUAUAUGGAAGCUCACGAUUUGCAAACUCGUGACGCCACAGAUGUCAUUGAAGAGUUUAGUGACGAACUUGCAAAAAUGACCGGCAAGUGCAUAGAUAUCGGCUGCGGCCCUGCCUCAGUUACGCGCAAGCUCCUCAUGCCCCGAAUGCCACCUAAUGUUCACAUCGUUGGUGGUGACAUAUCUAAAAAAAUGGUUGAAUUUGCUAAGCAAACUCACAGUGACGAGGAACGCCUAUCAUUUAUCGAAUUGGACGUAGAGGUAGAAAAAAUACCAAAAGAUCUAAUUUGUGCUUUUGACAACGUUGUUUCUUUCUACUGUCUACACUGGUGUCAAGAUACGAGAAAAGCGUUUGAAAAUAUUUAUCAAAUAUUACGUCCGGGUGGAAGAGGUCUGGUACUAUUUUUAGCUUACAACGACGGCUUCGACAGCUACCUGAGAAUAGCUGAGGUUCCUCAAUACAAAUCGUAUAUGACGGAUGUUGAAAAAUAUGUCCCAUACUUUCAACACUGCGACAAUCCGAGAGCAAAAAUGAAGAAAAUGCUCGAGGAAGUAGGUUUCAAGGUGCUGCACUGCAGUUUACGUGAAAAGACGUUCGUGUACAAAAGUUUGGAAAUUUUGAAAAAACAUGUCGUGGCUGUAAAUCCUUUUAUAAACAGAAUGCCAGAGGACAUCGGAGAAAAGUUUGAAAAAGAUCUUUUACGUGAAAUCGUCAGCGGAAAAAUAUCGUUUGCCAACAAAAACAAUGGAUCAAAAGAGGAAGAAAAAGUACUCGAUCGAUAUUAUGUACUGAUAGCUCAUUUUGAGAAACCGGAUAUAGGAAAAUGAGAAAGUAGGAAAAUGCAAUGACGCUGCAUCAGGGACUUAUUUCUAAGUACAAAGUAUUUUAGUGAGAAUGAUCUGAAUAAUUUUUGCCAUGAACGUCUGUGAAUAAUUAGAUGUAUAUUGACGAUUUUGAAUCUAUUUAUAUAUCAAUUACAAAUAUUUAACCGUGAUAUUAUUGUGAUUUGAUUAAUGCUAAUGCAUUGUGAAAUUAACGUCAUAAACAUAAGCCAUAUUAUUUUC